UUCAGUUUAUAUUUUGUCAUUUGUUAGCUUUAGGAUUCCCCCGUCACCUAUUCAAACAAACCAUCUUCUUCUUUAUAUCCAAACAAGAAUUGAAGAAGAGGCGGUGUGGUAUUAGUUUUGGGAAAUUUUAUCACGAGAUUUUCAUGCCCAAACCUCCACCCUCAUUAACUCAUUUCCAUCUUCUCAUAUAUAUAGCUGGAAUCGGUACUCGGAGAAACUCAAGUAAAAACGAUUCUUGACUUGCUCAGAGACCAAAUUGGCAUUAACGGCGCCAUGACGAGAUCCAACAGGACCACCAUGGCAGCGGGUCUAAAACAACGCCUAGGAUUCAGAGGAUUCGCAUGCUGUGGAGCUACAUGGAGCUUGAUGAGGGGCGUCGGAGAUGACGAUGAAGACCAACCACCGUCGCCGCCACCACAACAACAACAAGAAAACGGAUCAGAUCAGGUCUUAGGAGUAUUGAUAUUGGAUCGUACAGCAAGUAGUAGUCCGGCAGCGGCAUCAUCAAGCAUGAAUUUGGCGGCAGCGUUGGCGGCGGAGAGGCAGUUAAGAGAAGGAAUGAUGCCGAUGAGUGAGAGCAGGGGAGAUGAAACGCCGUCGAGGGUGUCGUUGAUGAGUCUGCUCGAUGAAGAGAAGGAGGAAAAGGGAAGUGAGAGAGUGUGCUGCGUGUGCAUGGUGAGAAAUAAAGGAGCAGCAUUUAUCCCAUGUGGGCAUACAUAUUGUAGGGUGUGUUGCAGAGAGCUGUGGGUGAAUCGAGGCUCCUGUCCCCUCUGUAAUCGUUCCAUUCUCGAGAUUCUCCAUCUUUUCUAAUCACCUUUUCUUUCUAUACAACUCAUUUCUUCUUUCAUUUUUGUAUCAUAUCUUCACCUAAAUCAUACCACGUUAUUCCAUUA